AUGCCGAACCAGCGCACGCGCCAGAAGAAGAAGGAGGCCGCCGCCGCCGCCGCCGAGGCCAAGAAAGAAGCCGCGAAGCCCAAAGCCGCGGCGAAGCCGGCGCCGGUGCCGACGCCGCCGGGCGGCCGCCAGCGCGGCGUCUGCCGCUGGUUUGUGGACAAGAAGAAGUACGGCUUCAUUUCUAGCGGUGAUGGUAGAGAUAUAUUUGUGCACGGGGCCGACCUCAAGGAGGCGAUCGGCGAGGGCGACACGGUGGAGUACGCCGUGGUGGACUUCAAGGGCCGGCCGAAGGCCAUCGAGGUGACGAAAAUAAGUGGCAAGGAGCCGCCGAAGCCUGCCCAGCCGCCGACGCCGCCGCCGUCGCCUCCCCAGAUCAUGCAGCCGCCGCCGGCGUUGCCAGCUCCAGUGGCCCGACCGCCUCCUCCCAAAGUACCUCAAGGCCCGCCGCCUAGAAGACGAGGUGUCUGCCAGUGGUUCACGCCCAAGAAGAAGCACGGCUUCAUCAAGCCCGAUGGAGCGGGAGCGGACGUUUUCGUGCAUCAGAUGGAUUUAAGAGCUGGCACGGAGAUCACGGAGGGCGACACCGUGGAGUUCGGCACGGCGGAUUAUAAGGGGAGGGAGAAGGCCGUCGACGUCAUCAAGGUGGACCCCGCCGUGCGCGCGGCCGCCCCGAGAGCGUUAGCCCCCCCGGGCGUGCCCGCCAAGCCCCGCGUGAACAUCGCGCCGGCGCGGCCCUGGCCGAAAGUUGAUGCGGGUCUACAAGCGGCCAGUGCCCCGGCGCCGGCCAGCAACGGCGCGCCGCCGCCCGCCGCGCCGCCGGCGACCGGGCCCUGGGGCGCGCGCGCGGCCGCGCCGGCGGCGGCGCCGGCGGCCGCCCGCCGGCCGUCCUGGGGCGCCGAGACGCCGGCCGCCGCGCCGGCGGCGCCGCCGCCGGCCGCCGCGCCGCCGGCGCCGGCGCCGGCGCCCAAGCCCCGCGGCCCGCGCGGCUGGGGCCAAGUUGACUCGAAGCCGUCCUUCGCGGACGCCUCCGCCGGCCCGACGCCCGGCGAGGCCAUGCGCCGCGCCUGA